UCUCUCUACUGCUAAACCCUCCGCCUCGCUAUCGCCGUAAUCCUCUCCCUGUCCACAGAUUCCAUCCGCCACCAGCGAUGCCGCAGCUGAGCCUGAGCACCAACGUGCCGGUGGACGCCGUCGUCGCCGCCGACAUCAUCAGGGACUGCUCCAGGGCGCUCGCCAGGAUCAUCGGCAAGCCAGAAUCCUACGUGAUGGUGUCGAUCGACGGGUCGACGCCAAUGUCAUUUGCCAGGAGCGAGGAGCCGGCGGCGUACGGCGAGAUCAUGUCCAUCGGCGGCCUCGGACCCGGCGUCAACGGGAAGCUCAGCGCCGCCCUCGCAGAGAUUCUCGAGGCCAAGCUCUCCAUCAGCGGCAGCAGGUUCUACGUCAAGUUCGACGAUGUGCAGGGAUACAAUUUGGGCUUCAAUGGAUCCACCUUCUGAGCUGAGACAAGUCCAUCACGUGGAAGAUGCUGGAAUGUCCAGGGACAGUAGUGAAACUAGUAGUACAUGAUUUACAGUCGCCAUUGUGUAUCUUCUGCAUCUUCCAUCAGUUAACAUUCCGCACAUAUCUGAAAUUCUGAUGUACCUUCGCACCAAUUCAACCGAAUGCAGGAUCUGCUUAAUGGCC